GUAAAACAAUUAUCUUAUUUGCUUUAUCAUUAGCCAAUUCAUGAAAGCACUUUGAAAGAAUAAAUCUUACCACGAAAUAUUUUUAUUAAAAAAAUAUAUUACGCUACGCAAAAAGCAGUUUUUAUUUUAGAUUUCAAAAUUUUAACUAACAUGGCUACAAAUGCUGAACAUAAGACAAUAGCUAUAAAUGUUUAUAAAAAGACUGUCAAAGUUAAAAGUAAAAAAGAUAAUGACGAGUAUCCGCGUGCUGAACUGAAGGACGGAAAAUAUCAACUUCCGUGGAAAACUGAUGCAGAGCCGCCAGAUGGUUGGGCUAACUUUAAAUCGUUCUUUUUUCCAGAUUCUAGUGGGGUACCAAAUGAUGAGAAGUUAAAUGAAGAACCAUUAAUGCAACUUACAAAAGCUGAUCCUCAGCAAAUAGAAAACCCGCCAGAAAAUGGUAUUCGGGUAACAUGGCUUGGUCAUGCCAGUGUUUUGUUUCAAUUAGACAGUGCAAAUCUUUUAGUUAAUCCAAAUUUUAGUGCAAGGGGAAUCAAGUAUUAUCAUCCUGGGGAUAAUAAAAGAUACCGACAACCUGUUUAUAGUGUUGAACAGUUGCCACGCAUCGACUGUGUAUUUAUUACAAACACUCAUUUUGAUUACUUAGACUUAUCGUCAGUUCGACAGCUCAACAAUCGCUUUGGUAAGAUGCUUUUAUGGUAUGUGCCUAUGGGAGUUUGUGAUUGGAUGAAAAAGGCUGGUUGUGUCAAUGUUGUAGAAAUGGAUUGGUGGAAAAAGGAUCAAAUUGAAUUUAUUGAUAGCGCUAUUGUUGAUAAAGAUGAUGAAACAAAAACUACUGUUUUUACCAUUGCAUGUACGCCAUCACAAAGUUAUCACAAUCGUGCUUUUGAUGAUGACAAUGCAGUGUUAUGGUGCAGUUGGGUUAUUUGUAGUUCACGUUACAAAAUUUUUGUGUCAGGUUCAACUGGGUAUGCUAAAGUUUUUCAAUCUAUUGGGAAAAAAUAUGGUCCAUUUCACAUAGCUGCACUACCUAUUGGUGGUUAUGAUCCAAAAUCUAGAAAUGGUUAUGGAAAUCUUACUCCUGAACAAGCUGUACAAGUUCAUAAAGAUAUUUUAGCCAUGCACACUUUAGCAUUAUCUUGGGGAACAUUUACACUAAGUAGUGAGCAUUACCUAGAACCUCCACAUCGCUUAAAUGAUGAGUUAAAAAAAUCUGGAUUAUCUAAUACACAGUUUUUUGUCCUCAAACAUGGUGAAUCAAGACUCAUUAUUAUAAACGACCUUUUGAAAGAAGAUGCUAAUGGAUAUAUAAAAAAAAAGACUACUGAAACAGAAUCUCAAGCCAAUAACAUCAUUAAAGAAACACAGACAGAAGAACAAAAUAAUAGUAAAACUGAAAAAAGCCUAUUAUUAGAAAACCAUUUAAAAAAAAAUAGUUUUGAGAGUCCACUUGUAAAGAACAAAGAAGAGCAUCUUAUAAAUGUAGAGUUUGGAACUAAUGAUGUGCUUUCACAAAAUGAUGCAACAAAAAAUAGAGUGAAAAUAAUAGAAGGAGAAUUAAAUGAUGAAUUACUAAAAAAUGUUGUAAAAGAAACUCAACAAAAAGAUCAUGGCUGUGACUGUUGUAAUCAGCAUACUAAAGAAUUAUUGACUGAAGUUCCUGUAGCAAUUGCAUGUCCUAGUGAGGUUUUUUCAGAGAGUAGUGUUCAAGAAAAUGAAACAAAAUCAGAAACACAACAAUAUGUAACAUCUGAUAAAAUUAUUAAAGAAACUGUUCAAGUUGAAUAUCAAGUUGACCAUCAUUUAGAUGAUCAUAGCCAUCAUGCCAAAAUGAAGCAUCCAUUGAAUAAAGGCAAUAUAUCAAUUGCAUGCCCCAGUGAUUUGUUUUUAGAAUAUGAGAUUAUUGAUAACAAAAAGGAAGAGAAAAUCGAAACUGGAGAAAAUCAAACUUUAGGCAACAAUGUUGUUGUAGAAAAACAAAAAGAAGAACACUACAAUGACCAAAAUCAUAAUUAUCCAUUGACAGAAGACCCAUCAACAGUCACCUGCAAUAGUGAGCCAUUUGCAAAAACUAAUAUAAAAGAAAACAAAACAGAAAAAGUAAUUGAAACAAAACCACAUCAAGCUUCACUUAAUAGUGUUGUAAAUGAAACACAAAAAGAAGAACAUCUUUAUGAACAAAACCAUGGUAUUAAAAUUAAGCAUUUAUCUGCAGGAGGCCCAGUUACCUGCACUAGUGAGGUGCUCUCAGAAAUUGGCAUUAAAAAAGACAAAACAGAAGAAAUUGAAAUCAAUCAACAUCAAGUGUCAGUUAACAAUAUUGUUAAUGAAACAAUUGAAAAAAUAACAGACAAUGACCAUAAACAAAAUAUGGAUAUAGAUCAUUUUAUAGCUGAAAAAACUAUGAGAAUUACAUACACUGAUAUGUUUUCAGAAUAUGACAUUAUUGAAGACAAAACGGAGGAAUCAAUUGAAACAAAUCAAAAUGAAAUACAGCAAAAACAACACAAUGAAAAUAAACAUAUUACAUUGGCUGAAAAUCUAAUAGCAGUUACCUACAGAAGUGAAGUGUUUUUAGAAAGCAGUAUGAAAGAAGACAAAACAGAAGACAAAAUUGAAUCUGUAAAAAAUCAAUCAUUAGUUGAUAUUAAAGAGAUACAACAAGAAGAAGAGCAUGAUGAACAUAAACAUGAUACAGAAAUUAAAAAUGCUUUGAAAGAAGAACUAUUGGUAGUUGCUAGCACUAGUGAGGUGUUUUCAGAAAACAAAAUUGACAGCGAAACAGAAGACAAUAUUGAAUCUGAAAAAGAUGACUCAUCUGUUGAUAAUAGUGUUAAAGAAACACAACAAGAAAAAGGACAUGAUGAGCAUAAACAUACAGAAGUUGUAAAUAUUUUGAAAGAAGAACCAGUGGUAGUUGUUAGCACUAGUGAAGUGUUUACAGAAAGCUACAUUGACAACAAAACAGAAUACAAUAUUGAAUCUGAAAAAGAUGACUCAUCUGUUGAUAAUAGUGUUAAAGAAACACAACAAGAAGAAGGACACAAUGAACGUAAACAUACAGAAGUUGUAAAUAUUUUGAAAGAAGAACCAGUGGUAGUUGCUAGCACUAGUGAGGUGUUUACAGAAUGCUACAUUGACAGCAAAACAGAAGACAAUAUUGAAUCUGAAAAAGAUGACUUAUUUGUUAAUAUCAGUGUUAAAGAAACACAACAAGAAAAGGGACAUGAUGAACAUAAACAUACAGAUAUUGUAAAUAAUUUGAAAGAAGAACCAGUGGUAGUUGCUAGCACUAGUGAGGUGUUUACAGAGAGUUACAUUGACAACAAAACAGAAUACAAUAUUGAAUCUGAAAAAGGUGACUCAUCUGUUGAUAAUAGUGUUAAAGAAACACAACAAGAAGAAGGACACGAUGAGCAUAAACAUGUUGAAAUUGUGAAUAUUUUGAAAGAAGAACCAGUGGUAGUUGCUAGCACUAGUGAGGUGUUUUCAGAAAACAAAAUUAAUGACGAAACAGAAUACAAUAUUGAAUCUGAAAAAGGUGACUCAUCUGUUGAUAAUAGUGUUAAAAUAACACUACAAGAAGAAGGACACGAUGAACGUAAACAUACAGAAAUUGUGAAUAUUUUGAAAGAAGAACCAGUGGUAGUUGCUAGCACUAGUGAGGUGUUUUCAGAAAGCUACAUUAACAGCAUAACAGAAUACAAUAUUGAAUCUGAAAAAGAUGACUCAUCUGUUAAUAAUAGUGUUAAAGAAACGCGACAAGAAGAAGGGCAUGAUGAACAUAAAAAUGGUAGAGAAAUUGAAUAUUCAUUAAAAGAAGAGCCGAUGGUGGUUGUUAGCACAAGUGAAAUGUUUUUAGAAAGCAACAUUGACAACAAAGCACAAGACAAUAUUAAAUCUGAAAAAGAUCAAUUAUCAGUUGAUAAUAAUGUUAAAGAAACACAACAAAAAGAACGCCAUGAGCAUAAAUAUGAUACAGAAACUAAAAAUAUUUUGAAAGAAGAACUAGUGGUAGUUACUAGCACUAGUGAGGUGUUUUCAGAAAGCAACAUUGAAGUCAAAAUAGAAGACAAUAUUGAAUCUGGAAAAGAUCAAUCAUCAGUUGGUAUUAAUAUUAAAGAAACACAACAAAAAGAAAAACAUAAUGAACUGAAACAUGAUACAGAAAUUGAAGAACCAGUGGUAGUUGCUAGCUCAACUGAAGUGUUUUCAGAAAGCAACAUUGAUGACAAAACAGAAUCUGAAAAAGAUCAAUUAACAGUUGAUAAUAAUGUUAAAGAAACACAACAAGAAGAACGGCAUGAGCAUAAACAUGAUACAGAAAUUAAAAAUACUUUGAGAGAAGAACCAGUGGUGGUUACUAGCACUAGUGAGGUGUUUUCAGAAAGCAACAUUGAAGUCAAAAUAGAAGACAAUAUUGAAUCUGAAAAAGAUCAAUCAUCAGUUGAUAUUAAUGUUAAAGAAAUAAAACAAGAAGAACAGCAUGAUGAACUGAAAUAUAAUACAGAAAUCAAUAGAACUUUAAAAGAAGAACCAGUGGUAAUUGCUAGGGCAAAAGAAAUGUUUUCAGAAAGCAAAAUUGAGGACAAAACAAAAGACAUUAUUGAAUCUGAAAAAAAUCAAUCAUCAGUUGAUAAUCAUGUUAAAGAAAGACAGUAUAAAGAACAGCAUGCUGAAUAUAAACAAAAUACAGAAAUUGAAAAUACUUUGAGAAAAGAUGCAGUGGUGUUUGCAAGCUCUAGUGAAGUGUUUCCAGAAAACAACAUUGCUGACAAAACAGGUUCUGAAAAAGAUCAAUCAUUAAUUGAUAUUAAUGUUAAAGAAUCUCAACAAGAAGAAGGACAUGAUGAACUUAAAUAUGAUACAGAAAUCAAAAAUACUUUAAAAGAAGAACCAGUGGUAGUUAUUUGCGCCAGUGAAGUGUUUUCUGAAAGCAAUAUUGAGGACAAAACAGAAGACAAUAUUAAAUCUGGAAAAGAUCAAUCAGCAGUUGAUAAUAAUGUUAAAGAAACACAACAAGAAGAACAUCAUGAUGAACAUAAACAUGUUACAGAAAUAGAAAAAACCUUAAAAGAAGAACCAGUGGUGGUUGCUAGCACUUAUGAGGUGUUUCUAGAUAGCAACAAUGAAGACAAAACAGAAUCUGGAAACGACCAAUCAUCAGUUGAUAAUAAUGUUAAAAAAACACAACAAGAAGAAGAGCAUGAUGAACAUAAACAUGUUACAGAAAUACAACAAGAAGAACAGCAUGAUGAGCAUCAUAAAGAACAGCAUGAGAAACAUACUCAUGGUACAGAAAUAGAAAAUAAGUUGAAAGAAAAAUCAUUGGUAGUUGCUAGCGCUGUUGAGGUUUUUUCAGAAAACAAUAUUCGGGACAAAACCGAAGACAUUAUUGAAUUUGAAAAAGAUCUAUCAUCAGUUGACAUUAAUGUUAAAGAAACACAACCAGAAGAACAAUAUGAUGAACAUAAACAUGAUACAGAGAUCAAAAAUACAUUAAAAGAAGAACCAGUGGUUGUUGCUAGCACUAGUCAGGAAGAUAUUACUGAAUCUGAAAAAAAUCAAUCAGAUGGUAUUAUUAUCAAAAAAACACAACAAGAAGAACAUGAUGAACUUGAACAUGAUACAGAAAUCGAUAAUACUUCUAAAGAUGAACAUGUAGUGGUUGCUAGCACUAAUGAGGAAUCUGCAAAAGAUCAAUUAUCAAUUAAUAUUAAUGUUAAAGAAACGCAAAAAGAAGAAAGACAUGAUGAACUGAAACCUGAUAGAAAAAUCGAAAAUACUUUGAAAGAAGAACCAGUGGUAGUUGCUAGCACAAGUGAAGUGUUUUCAGGAAGCAAUAUUGAUAAAAAAACAGAAUCUGAAAAAGAUCAAUUAUCAGUUGAUAACAAUGUCAAAGAAAUACAACAAGAAGAACAUCAUAAUAAGCAUAAACAUGAUACUGAAAUCGAGAAUACAUUAAAAGAAGAACCAUUGGUAGUUGCUAGCUCAACUGAAGUGUUUUCAGAAAGCAACAUUGAUGACAAAACAGAAUUUGAAAAAGAUCAAUUAUCAAUUGAUAACAAUGUCAAAGAAAUACAACAAGAAGAACAUCAUGAUGAGCAUAAACAUGAUACUGAAAUUGAGAAUACAUUAAAAGAAGAACCAUUGGUAGUUGCUAGCUCAACUGAAGUGUUUUCAGAAAGCAACAUUGAUGACAAAACAGAAUCUGAAAAAGAUCAAUUAUCAGUUGAUAACAAUGUUAAAGAAAUACAACAAGAAGAACAUCAUGAUGAGCAUAAACAUAAUACUGAAAUCGAGAAUACAUUAAAAGAAGAACCAUUGGUAGUUGCUAGCUUAACUGAAGUGUUUUCAGAAAGCAACAUUGAUGACAAAACAGAAUCUGAAAAAGAUCAAUUAUCAGUUGAUAACAAUGUUAAAGAAAUACAACAAGAAGAACAUCAUGAUGAGCAUAAACAUAAUACUGAAAUCGAGAAUACAUUAAAAGAAGAACCAUUGGUAGUUGCUAGCUCAACUGAAGUGUUUUUAGAAAGCAACAUUGAUGACAAAACAGAAUCUGAAAAAGAUCAAUUAUCAGUUGAUAACAAUGUUAAAGAAAUACAACAAGAAGAACAUCAUGAUGAGCAUAAACAUAAUACUGAAAUUGAGAAUACAUUAAAAGAAGAACCAUUGGUAGUUGCUAGCUUAACUGAAGUGUUUUCAGAAAGCAACAUUGAUGACAAAACAGAAUCUGAAAAAGAUCAUAUAUCAGUUGAUAACAAUGUUAAAGAAAUACAACAAGAAGAACAUCAUGAUGAGCAUAAACAUAAUACUGAAAUCGAAAAUACAUUAAAAGAAGAACCAUUGGUAGUUGCUAGCUCAACUGAAGUGUUUUCAGAAAGCAAUAUUGAUGACAAAACAGAAUCUGAAAAAGAUCAAUUAUCAGUUGAUAACAAUGUUAAAGAAAUACAACAAGAAGAACAUCAUGAUGAGCAUAAACAUGAUACUGAAAUCGAGAAUACAUUAAAAGAAGAACCAUUGGUAGUUGCUAGCUCAACUGAAGUGUUUUCAGAAAGCAACAUUGAUGACAAAACAGAAUCUGAAAAAGAUCAAUUAUCAGUUGAUAACAAUGUUAAAGAAAUACAACAAGAAGAACAUCAUGAUGAGCAUAAACAUGAUACUGAAAUCGAGAAUACAUUAAAAGAAGAAUCAUUGGUAGUUGCUAGCUCAACUGAAGUGUUUUUAGAAAGCAACAUUGAUGACAAAACAGAAUCUGAAAAAGAUCAAUUAUCAGUUGAUAACAAUGUUAAAGAAAUACAACAAGAAGAACAUCAUGAUGAGCAUAAACAUAAUACUGAAAUCGAGAAUACAUUAAAAGAAGAACCAUUGGUAGUUGCUAGCUCAACUGAAGUGUUUUUAGAAAGCAACAUUGAUGACAAAACAGAAUCUGAAAAAGGGCAGUUAUCAGUUAAUAACAAUGUUAAAGAAAUACAACAAGAAGAACUUCAUGAUGAGUAUAAACAUGAUACAGAAACCGAGAAUACAUUUAAAGAAGAAACAGUGGUAGUUGUUAGCACUAGUGAGGUGUUUUCAGAAAUUAAUAUUGGCGACAAAACAGAAUCUGAAAGAGAUCAAUUAUCAGUUGAUAACAAUGUUAAAGAAAUACAACAAGAAGAACAGCAUGAGCAUAAACAUGAUACAGAAAUUAAAAAUACUUUGAAAGAAGUAUUGGUUGUGGUUGCUCGCACUAGUGAGGUGUUUUCAGAAAGCAACAUUGAAGUCAAAAUAGAAGACAAUAUUGAAUCUGGAAAAGAUCAAUCAUCAGUUAAUAAUAGUGUUAAAGAAACACAACAAGAAGAAAGACAUAAUGAACUUAAAAAUGAUACAGAAAUCAAAAAUGCAUUGAAAGAAGAACCAGUGGUAGUUGCUAGCACUAGUUAUGUGUUUUCAGAAAGUUACAUUGGCGACAAAACAGAAUCUGAAAAUGGUCAAUCAUCAGUUGAUAAUAAUGUUGAAGAAAUACAACAAGAAGAACGUCAUGAUGAGCAUAAACAUAACACAGAAAUCGAGAAUACAUUAAAAGAAGAAACAGUGGUAGUUGCUAGCACUAGUGAGGUGUUUUCAGAGAGCAACAUUAAAGACAAAGUAGAAGACAAUAUUGAAUCUAAAAAAAAUCAAGCAUUAGUUGAUAAUAAUGAUAAAGAAACUCAACUAGAAGAACGUUGUGAUGAACAUAAACAUAAUAAAGAAAUUGAAAAUAGAUGGAAAGAAGAUCCAAUCGUGGUUAAUAUCGCUAGUGAUUUCGUCACAGAAAACAAAGAUAUAAACAAAACAGAAGACAAUAUUGAAUCUGCAAAAGGUCAAUCAUCAGUUGAUAAAAUUGUUACUGAAACACAACAAAAAGAACCCCGUGAUGAACAUAAACAUGAAACUGAAACUGAACAUUUAUUGACUGAAGAACCGGAAAAACCAAUUGCACCCAUCAAUCAUCAGUCAUCAGUUGAUUGCAUUAAUAAUGAAAAUCAAGAAGAAGUGGACUGUAAUGAACAUAAGCAAGAUACUAAAGCAGAAAAUGCAUCAUCUGAGCCAGUUCUGGUAGUUUGCGUCAGUGAGGUCAGAAAACAUUCAGAAAACAACAAGGAAAAUAAAAUAGAAGACAGUGUUGAACUCGGAAAAGAUCAAUCAUCACUUAAUAACAUCGUUAAAGAAGUCCAACAAGAAAAGUGUUACGACGAAUUUAAAGAUGAGACUGAAACUGAACAUUCAUUAAAUAAAGAACCAAACGAGAAAAUGGAAUUUAAACAACACAAAGCAUCAGUUGAUAACAUCGUGUAUGAAACAAAAGAGCAUGAACAUUUUGAUGAACACAAAAAUGACAUUAAAAUAGAACAUGCAUCAAUUAAAGAUCCAGUUUCAGCUAGCUACAAUAGUGAGGAAGUGAUAGUAACAAAAAAUUUGCAUCAGCAAUCAGUUAACGGUUUUGUUGAACAAAAUCAACACACAGAACAUCGCUAUGAUGAUCGCAGCAAUGAUGUUCACCAUGUUUGCAAUCCUUUAUUGAUGAAUGACUCAAAGACAUAUUGUGAUGAAUCUAUAACAUGCACUACAGAAUUUUGCAAAAAUGAUGAAAAAGAAGACAAAAGAGGAAAGAAAAUUGAAACAGAAUUACAUCAUGAGUCAGUUGAUACCUUAGUUGAAGCAACUUUACGUGAAAUUUCACCGUGAAGAUCACAUUCAUCAGGGUUAAUAAAACUAGGAAAUGAACACAAACUGUUGAAUGCGGAAAUAAAUACUCCAGUAUUAGUGAAAAAAAUAACUUUGAAAACCAUAAAUUCUAAAAUCUACUUUAAGAUUCCAAAGAAUAUUA